AUGCCGCCAACCACAAGAUCAGACAAGGGCAAAGGCAAGGCCAAGGCGGUUCCUUCGGCGUCGGAAACAGCGCCUCUCCUCCACCAGUCCGCAGUCGACCGCCUGAGGGCAGAGUACGGUGCCGCCGAGUCGAGCGCAUCGUCCACCGCGUCAGCAGAGUAUACGGUCGACACACCAGCAACAGGUCACUCGCACCGGCGGUCCAAGCGGUUCGCAGUCGUUGCAAGCGCGUUAUCCCUCCUCCUUGGCGUGGUCGUGUUCACUGCGCUCCUCGCAGCAAGCUUCAUCCCACCCGCAGAAUCCGAAUCCCUCGAUCUCGCACCGGCACUGGUAUACACCUCGCCAGGAGUCAAGGUGCUCGAUGUAUCAGGUUCCGGCGUCCGAGUGAACGUCACGUUCCGCGGCGGUGUGGACGUCGACUAUGUCCUCGCCGAGACGAAGCGCGAGUGGCCCAGCUGGGUCCCUGGAUGGUUCGGCCGACUGCGAGAAUCGGUUGCGCACGGCGUUAUCGGCACGCUUCCCCAGAAGACGGUGACUGUUGCGAUUCCCGAGAUUCUGGUGUACCGCCGAGAAGGCGGCCUCGCGCUGCUGAACGUGUCAUUCCCGGACCCGAUCGACGUGCCGCUCCUCGUGGGCAAGGUCCACGAGCCAGAGUAUGUGGAUAUUGCCGUCGAGGCGGUCGCGACGCCCGUCGCACCCGCUGGCGACAUCUGGGAGUGGUCCCAGAAGGCAUGGGCGAAGGGCCAUGCCGAUGUGGUCGUCGGUGCCAAGGAAGCCACAGCCAGCAUCCGAGGCGCGUGGUGGGCAAAGUACCUCUCCUUCUCCCAAGCCGAUGUGUCCGUCCCCCUCCGUCUGCGUGUGCCCGCCUUGCCGAACCUGCCGCCGCCCGGCAAGCCGCUCGAUCUCGCCAAGCUCGUCAAGCUGGAUUCGUACGGCCUGUACAGCGACAACGGGCUCAAGAUCAGUGCCAACAUCAGUCUUCCUAAUCCUGGUGUCGACGAAGUGCCGUUCGGUCUCCCAUUCUCUGUCGAGCUCGAGGGAACGCCCAUUGCCGAGGUGCUGGCUGUCACGACAAAGUGUACAAACACCUCGGUGCAUGUCAACAUCGAUGGAGACGUCACAGUGUCCACUGGUGACCCGCUGUCCCACUUCCUCCAGCGCUUCCUCCACGGCGAGGACAACCCGCUGACCGUACGCGGGCUGGGCAAGGUUCACCACCCGAACCCAUCGACGCCGCUUCCUCCACCAUGGGUGUUACAGUCGCUCCCAUCUCUCUCGCUCGACCUCGUCUUUCCUUCUCCGACCAACCGUCCCAACAUUGUCCGCAAAGUGACCCUCGAGAAUAUCAAGUUCUUCGAGAUUGCGGGAACCAUGCACGCCUCCGGUAUAGUCGUCGCCUCCAUCCAGCUGCCCGAUGGGCUCGAGCACGUCGCAAUCAACGUCACCAAUAUCCGACCCGACGUGCUCGUGUUCGACGGACCAGUGGAGAGCGAUGACCAGUCCGACCCAGAGGACCCGCCAGACAACGCCUUCGGCCGCAUCCAUCCCGCAGAGUAUCUCGACGCGACUACGGGCCCAUCCGAGGACCCCGAUCUGCCUGAUGGCCUGACUGUGCGCGCGCCAUUCGAAGACCUUGCGCUGGAUGUGUUACCCGGGCGUAAUGGCAUCCUGCAGAGCUUUGUCGCCAAGAUCCUGUUCAAGGGUAGCGCGUUGGCGGGCAUCGACGGCGUGGCGGACGUGCGGGCCGCGGUCAUUGGGCUCGAGGGCGAGCUCGAGGCCGGGUCCCUCCCCGUCCGCGGCGAGUUUUACGUCAAGCGCUAG